AUGGGUGACUGGAGCUUUCUAGGGCGGCUGCUGGAGAAUGCUCAAGAACACUCCACUGUGAUCGGAAAGGUUUGGCUGACCGUCCUCUUCAUCUUCCGCAUCUUGGUGCUGGGCGCAGCGGCCGAAGAGGUUUGGGGCGACGAGCAGUCCGACUUCACUUGUAACACUCAGCAGCCCGGUUGCGAGAAUGUCUGCUACGACGAGGCCUUCCCCAUCUCCCACAUCCGCUUCUGGGUGCUGCAGAUCAUCUUUGUCUCCACGCCCACCCUCAUCUACCUGGGCCAUGUGCUGCACAUCGUCCGCAUGGAGGAGAAGAGGAGGGAGAGGGAGGAGGAGCUCCGGAAGGCCGGCCGGCACCAGGAGGACCACGACCCCCUCUAUCACAACGGAGUCGGCAAUGGAGGAGGUGGGAAGAAGGAGAAGCCGCCGAUUCGCGAUGAGCACGGGAAGAUCCGCAUCCGCGGGGCGUUACUGAGGACCUACAUCUUCAACAUCAUCUUCAAGACUCUGUUUGAGGUGGGCUUCAUCCUGGGACAGUACUUCCUCUACGGCUUCUACCUGAGGCCGCUCUAUAAAUGUGGCCGCUGGCCCUGCCCCAAUACUGUGGACUGCUUCAUCUCCAGGCCCACUGAGAAGACGAUCUUCAUCAUCUUCAUGCUGGUGGUUGCCUGUGUCUCUCUGCUCCUCAACCUGCUGGAGAUCUACCACCUGGGCUGGAAGAAAGUCAAGCAGGGGGUCACCAGCGAGUUCAUACCCGACCGUGAGCUGCCGCUGCAGAGUGGAGACGAGCCGGGCGACGCAGAGACCAUCUCCGAGCAGAUCUCUCCGCCGGCGCACGACUGUUUGCCGGUGUACGCCAGCGUGAACGUGGUGGGGGUUGGGGCAAAAGAGGGAGGAGCCUCUAUGCCCGCCAGAUUCAAGAUGGACCGUGAUGACUUCCUGUUGGAGUCCCUGCCCACUUCUUUUUAUGGCGAGAAAGGGAGUGUCGGGAGCCACGAGCGGCUGAUGGCAAUGGAGCAGAACUGGAGCAACAUGGCGAUGGAGCUCAACAAUCUGGAUGGAAAAAACUCCUCCCCCUCCUCCUCCUCCUCCUACCCUCCUCCUCUUCCCUCUCCCCCUAUCUCCGCCUCCUCCUCUCCUCAUGAGGAGACCAACCCACCACUUCCACAAGGGGAGCAACACUCCACUUUUCCCACACUUCCUCGCCACACCCCUCUUUCCCCCCUCGCACCAGAGGAGGCGGCGGUGGAUGAGGUUAACACGUCUCCUCAUAUGGUCCCAAGUGACGACUUCACCGUGGUUACCAGGGCGGAGAUGCAUCCGCCUCCUGUUUCCGCCGUGAGAGACGUCGUGAAGCCGAGUCGGGCCGGCAAAAGCGGCGGCGUCCGAGCUCGCCCCGAUGACCUGGCAGUGUAGCUAAAACACACACAC